GCCGAGGGCGCGGUGCCCUCCUGGAACAAGGCCAACGACGCGCGCGAGAUCCGCGCGGGGGACCGGGUGCUGUCCAUCAACGGCACCUCGGGCGAUCCCAAGGCGAUGCUCGGCGUUUGUGCCUUGGCGGAGAUAAGAAGGGGCAAUUUGUGCUGCAGCUGAAGGCCAUAGGGGCCUAG